GACGCACGUACUGCGCACGCGCGGGGGUAUGUCCCCCAAAAAACACUCCUCUCGCGAGAGCGGGAACGUCAGCAUGGCGGUGCUCCUUGAAACGACGCUGGGCGAUAUAGUGAUUGAUUUGUUCACAGAGGAGCGGCCGAAAACUUCUCUAAACUUCCUGAAAUUAUGCAAGAUAAAGUACUACAACUACUGCCUCAUCCACAAUGUGCAGAGAGACUUCAUUGUGCAGACUGGAGAUCCCACUGGGACGGGCCGUGGUGGAGAAUCUGUCUACAGCAAACUGUACGGGGACCAGGCCGGCUUUUUUGAUGUAGAGAAAGCGCCACGCAUCAGACACAGGAAGAAGGGGACGGUGUCCAUGGUGAACAAUGGAAGCGAUCAGCAUGGUUCUCAGUUCCUUAUUACCACGGCUGACAACUUGGACUACCUGGAUGGCGUCCAUACUGUGUUUGGGGAGGUGUCAGAAGGCAUGGACGUCUUGGCCAAAAUUAAUGAAACUUUUGUGGACAAGGACUUUGUGCCAUUUCAGGAUAUCAGGAUAAACCACACAGUCAUCCUGGAUGACCCUUUUGAUGACCCUCCUAACUUGCCAGUGCCUGAUCGAUCACCUGAGCCCACCAAAGAGCAGCUUGAUAGCGGCCGAAUCGGAGCAGAUGAGGUGAUCGACGAUACGGAUGGGAAAGGAGCUGAGGAGCUGGAGGAGAGGUUGAAGGAGAAAGAAGCCAAGACUCAGGCCAUCCUGCUGGAGAUGGUGGGUGACCUCCCCGACGCAGAUAUGAGGCCUCCAGAGAACGUGCUGUUUGUGUGCAAACUGAACCCAGUGACCACGGACGAGGACCUGGAGAUCAUCUUUUCCCGCUUUGGGACCAUAAAAAGCUGUGAGAUCAUCAGAGACUGGAAGAGUGGAGAUUCCCUCUGCUACGCUUUCAUCGAGUUUGAAAAGCAAGAAGACUGUGAAAAGGCCUACUUCAAAAUGGACAAUGUGCUCAUUGAUGAUCGACGCAUUCACGUAGACUUCAGCCAGUCAGUUGCGAAGAUCAAAUGGAAAGGGAAAGGUGGGAAAUAUACUAAAGAUGACUUUAAAGCCUACGAGAAGGACGUGGAGAGCCGAUCCAAACUGGCUCUCAAGGAUCAAGUGAAGCCUAAACAAGAUUCAAAGUACGACCUGCUAAUUGAGGAGGAAGAGGUGGCAACAAGUCAUCAGAAGAAACACAAGGACAAGAGGCAUCACCAUCAUUCAGAUGACGAGGACAACAGGAAGUCCAAAAAGCACAAGGACAACGAUGAUAGUCGGCGAGAUAGGAAGAUGGCACGCCAGCGCUCUCGAUCCCGCUCAGGUUCCCGCUCCAGAGACAGAGACCGAGACAGAGACCACAAACACAGCAAGUCCCGGGGCAAACAUGGGAAAGAGAGCCGCGAUAAAGGCCACAGAGACAGGAGCCGGAGCCGGAGCCAGAGCCACUCCUCCAAGAAGUCCAAGGAUAAAGACAGGAGUAGAUACAGAUGAGAGGAGGGAAGAUGGAUCUUUUUGUGACAGCAGAGUGGAGUCAUGACCUUUAUUCAGCAUGAGUUAUAUGACAUUUAAACAUUCACGAGCUAAACUUCCUUUAAAAUCAUUUGAUGAUCAGCUCUGUCACAUUGUCUCCAAGAACAGACAUGUUUGAGAAGUUUUUAUAUGUAUAUUAAAAAGGUUUCAAAUUCCCCAAA